AACACAAUCUAACUGCAUCUCAUUUCUUAUUGACAGGGGGAGUUGAGACCAUUGGGAUCGCGUAUGAGUCUUGGACUUACGCCCUUCGACAGUAUCCAUCCUCGUAUCCGAGAGGGGGUCGUACAGACAGGGUUGUCUGGUUUUAUAGAGAUGAGACAGUAUCAGGUAGAUAUGUCUCUGGUGACUGCCUUAGUGGAGAGGUGGAGGCCGGAGACCCAUACCUUUAUGUUACCUGAGGAGGAGUGCACAGUCACACUACAGGACGUUGCCAUCUUGACAGGACUGCCUGUAGAUGGAUUUGCAGUUAUCGGAGGUCCACAGCACGACUACCAGGGCGUCGGCGUAGCCCAUUUGGGGAGAGAGUUAGAGUUGAGCGGGACGACUUCUGGUUCUUCGUGGGUAGGGACUAGGUGGUUAUUCGAGCAGUUCCGUCAUUUUCGAGAGUUAGACGACGACGUUUCAGAUAUGGAGGUGGAGUGGGCUGUUCGGGCGUAUCUCUGGGCCGCUUUGGAUGGGCUGUGCUUCACUGAUUUGAACAGUGGACAUUUGGGGUUGAGGAUUUUACCACAUUUGGAGGAUUUGGAGGAUCAGCGAUCCAUCAGUUGGGGAUCAGCCGUGCUUGCCCACCUGUACCACGAGCUUUGCAUUUGUUCUAUGGCUUCACAGCACAGACGUAACAUCGGUGGCGCCCUUUGGAUUUUGCAGCUUUGGGCUUUUGAGCGUUUGACGCCGUUACGUCCCCGUUAUGCUGCGCUUCCCAUCACACAGCAUCUUCCUUUAGGCGACAGAUGGGCGGGCCCUAGGGAGCGUCGGGUCCGAGGGGCCCCCAGACACGAUUUGUCUUACUUUAGACUCUUGCUUGACAGGCUUUUAUGUUUUGACCUAAUUCUUUCUGUGCAGAUUGUUUGGCAGCCAUACACCGACGAUCUCCUCAGAUCCAUACCCUCCCAGUACCUUGCGGGUUCAGAAGUUUGGCGUGCUCGGGUACCCUUGAUUUACUACAACAUUGUGGAGUGGCACCAGCCAGAUAGAGUAUUGCAGCAGUUUGGGCUUAUUCAGCCUAUCCCUCUGGCCCCAGUGCAAGAUCACCGCCUCCAUUCCCUCCUUUACAAGAGCAGCAACAACUACAUGGAGAUCCUCGGGUAUUACGUACUGAUUUGGCUCCACAGGGAGUCACAUGUCGUUGGCGGUUACCGUUUUGAGCGUCCACCACACUACCAUUCCCAGUACAUGGAGUGGUAUCGGAGACACACCCGGAGGUGGAUUACCUGGCAGGGUGCAGCUGACGGUUCGAGUCGUGAUCUGGCGGAGAUGGUCCACGUCCGGAGAUCUAGCCGUGACUCCAUAAUUGGGUCCGCUGCACGCAGUUCACAAAUGGCGUACAUGGAGGAUCGUCGGGAUGUCACUCUUCCACCGCCUGAGCCAGCAGUCCCGGCAUUUGUACUGCCUCCUCUCCCUCCUUUGACGGUUGACUUGGAUUCCAUUCACGGUCGUCGUAGACAACGGCCUACACCACGCCAGCCUCGCCAGCGGCCAGAUCAGCCUAUACCGCCCCCUGUGUACUAUCAUUACGAUGCAGGAGAGAGCUCGCAGACACGACAGAACUAUUGCGGGCCUACUCAGUUUCAGGGUGACGGUUCACAGUUUCAGCAGCACUCGCAGGUCCCUCCGAUCUCAUCGUUUCCGGUACCACCGUCAUCCGGGCCGUUCUUUUACUCCUCUGAACCGACGCCGUAUACCACUCCUCUGACAGAGCCGGCUCAGUAUCGACAGGCUACACCACCCCCAUUUCAGGCACCUCAGCAUGGUCAACCUUCUACCCCCUCUGAUCAGGGUUACCGGCCCGUGUUUUCUUGACUCGAUCAACCGUCAGCGUCACAUUCGCGUCCCUCCCCUUCCACCCCGGUCGCGGAUCCGUCGCAGAUGUUUUUUUCGCUAUCAGAGGCUUGGUUGAACAGUCCAGGUCUCGGGGAGGGGGGCUCUUUCGAGGCGUUACAGUCCGGUAGUAUUCAGUUUUCGGGUCCGUCCUUCAGCCUCCUUCCGCAGUCACAGGAGGCACCGACUACUGCACCGGCUGCAGAUGAUCAGGAGCUAUCCCUAGACGAUGAUCACGAGAGCGAGGGCGCGCCAGGUGACAGACCGGGUGAUAGACAGUAUCGCGAUCUUACUGAGAGCAGUCUGCGCCGCAGGCAAGAUAUGGGGUACGAUAUGAGGACUCAACUGGAGAAGAACACUAGAUAUCGAGAUUAUUUAUGAUUUUGUUGUUUUUGUAGACACUUUAAAUUUUGUAAUCCUACUUUAUUUUAUCGA